GCCGGCGCCCGCCUGCGCCUGCGCCUGCUCCUGCUCCUGCUCCUGCCGCCGCCACUGCUGCUGCUGCUGCUCCGCGCCAGCCACGCGGGCAACCUAACGGUAGCCGUGGUGCUGCCACUGGCCAACACCUCGUACCCGUGGUCGUGGGCGCGCGUGGGACCGGCUGUGGAGCUGGCCCUGGCCCAGGUGAAGGCGCGGCCCGACUUGCUCCCCGGCUGGACGGUCCGCACGGUGCUCGGCAGCAGCGAGAACGCGCUAGGCGUCUGCUCCGACACCGCCGCGCCCCUGGCCGCGGUGGACCUCAAGUGGGAGCACAGCCCCGCCGUGUUCCUGGGCCCGGGCUGCGUGUACGCGGCCGCCCCCGUGGGGCGCUUCACCGCGCACUGGCGGGUGCCGCUGCUGACAGCCGGCGCCCCCGCGCUGGGCUUCGGGGCCAAGGACGAGUACGCGCUGACCACCCGCGCGGGGCCCAGCCACGCCAAGCUGGGCGACUUCGUGGCGGCGCUGCACCGACGGCUGGGCUGGGAGCGCCAGGCGCUCGUGCUCUACGCCUAUCGGCCCGGCGACGACCAGCCGUGCUUCUUCGUAGUGGAGGGGCUGUACAUGCGGGUCCGCGACCACCUCAACAUUACCGUGGACCACCUGGAGUUCGCCGAGGGCGACCAGGACUACUACACCAAGCUGCUGCAGACCGUGCGGCGCAAAGGCCGAGUUAUCUACAUCUGCAGCUCCCCAGAUGCCUUCAGAACCCUGAUGCUUCUGGCCCUGGAAGCUGGCCUGAGUGGGGAGGACUAUGUUUUCUUCCACCUGGACAUCUUUGGGCAAAGCCUGCAAGGUGCACAGGGCCUUGCUCCCCACAGGCCCUGGGAGAGAAGGGAUGGGCAGGACAUCAGUGCCCGCCAGGCCUUUCAGGCUGCCAAAAUCAUUACAUAUAAAGAACCGGAUAAUCUUGAGUAUUUGGAAUUUCUGAAGCAGCUAAAACACUUGGCCCACGAGCAGUUCAACUUCACCAUGGAGGAUGGCCUGGUGAACACCAUCCCAGCGUCCUUCCACGAUGGGCUCCUGCUCUAUGUGCAGGCAGUGACAGAGACUCUAGCACAUGGGGGAACUGUCACCGAUGGGGAGGACAUCACCCAGCGGAUGUGGAACCGAAGCUUCCAAGGUGUGACAGGAUACCUGAAAAUUGACAGCAGUGGAGAUCGGGAGACUGACUUCUCCCUCUGGGAUAUGGAUUCUGAGACUGGUGCCUUCAGGGUUGUACUGAACUACAAUGGGACUUCCCAAGAACUGGUGGCUGUGUCAGGGCGCAAACUGAACUGGCCCCUGGGGUACCCUCCUCCUGACAUCCCCAAAUGUGGCUUUGACAAUGAGGACCCAGCCUGCAACCAAGACCACUUUUCCACCCUGGAGGUACUGGCUUUGGUGGGCAGCCUCUCCCUCAUCAGCAUUCUGAUUGUCUCCUUCUUCAUAUACAGGAAGAUGCAGCUGGAGAAGGAGCUGGCCUCAGAGCUGUGGCGAGUGCGCUGGGAGGACAUACAACCCAGUAGCCUUGAGAGGCACCUCCGGAGUGCGGGCAGCCGGCUGACCCUGAGCGGGAGAGGCUCCAAUUACGGCUCCCUGCUAACCACAGAGGGCCAGUUCCAAGUCUUUGCCAAGACAGCAUAUUAUAAGGGCAACCUCGUGGCUGUGAAACAUGUGAACCGUAAACGCAUUGAGCUGACACGAAAAGUCCUGUUUGAACUGAAGCAUAUGCGGGAUGUGCAGAAUGAACACCUGACCAGGUUUGUGGGUGCCUGCACUGACCCCCCCAACAUCUGUAUCCUCACAGAGUACUGUCCCCGUGGGAGCCUGCAGGACAUUCUAGAGAAUGAGAGCAUCACCCUGGACUGGAUGUUCCGGUACUCCCUCACCAAUGACAUCGUCAAGGGCAUGCUGUUUCUACACAAUGGGGCCAUUUGCUCCCAUGGGAACCUCAAGUCAUCCAACUGUGUGGUAGAUGGGCGGUUUGUGCUCAAGAUCACCGACUACGGGCUGGAGAGCUUCAGGGACCCCGGGCCAGAGCAAGGACACACCCUCUAUGCCAAAAAGUUGUGGACAGCCCCUGAGCUCCUGAGAAUGGCUUCACCCCCUGCUCGAGGCUCCCAGGCUGGUGACGUGUAUAGCUUUGGGAUCAUCCUUCAAGAGAUUGCACUGAGGAAUGGCGUCUUCCACGUGGAAGGUUUGGACCUCAGCCCCAAAGAGAUCAUUGAGCGUGUGACUCGGGGUGAGCAGCCCCCCUUCCGGCCUUCCCUGGCCCUGCAGAGUCACCUGGAGGAUCUGGGGAACCUGAUGCAGCGGUGCUGGGCUGAGGACCCACAGGAGCGGCCACCCUUCCAGCAGAUCCGCCUGAUGCUGCGCAAGUUUAACAGGGAGAACAGCAGCAACAUCCUGGACAACCUGCUGUCCCGCAUGGAGCAGUACGCCAACAACCUGGAGGAGCUGGUAGAGGAGCGGACCCAGGCAUACUUAGAGGAAAAGCGCAAGGCCGAAGCCCUGCUCUACCAGAUUCUGCCUCACUCAGUGGCUGAGCAGCUGAAGCGUGGUGAGACAGUCCAGGCCGAAGCCUUUGACAGCGUUACCAUCUACUUCAGUGACAUUGUGGGUUUCACAGCCCUGUCAGCAGAGAGCACACCCAUGCAGGUGGUGACCCUGCUCAAUGACCUGUACACUUGCUUUGAUGCUGUCAUAGACAACUUUGAUGUGUACAAGGUGGAGACGAUCGGCGACGCCUACAUGGUGGUGUCCGGCCUCCCGGUGCGGAAUGGGCGGCUCCACGCCCGCGAGGUGGCCCGCAUGGCCCUGGCGCUGCUGGACGCUGUGCACUCCUUCCGCAUUCGCCACCGGCCCCAGGAGCAGCUGCGCUUGCGCAUCGGCAUCCACACAGGACCUGUGUGUGCUGGCGUAGUAGGGCUGAAGAUGCCUCGUUACUGUCUCUUUGGGGACACAGUUAACACGGCCUCAAGAAUGGAGUCCAACGGGGAAGCCCUGAAGAUCCACUUGUCUUCGGAGACCAAGACUGUCCUGGAGGAGUUUGGUGGUUUCGAGCUGGAGCUUCGAGGGGAUGUAGAAAUGAAGGGCAAAGGCAAGGUUCGGACCUACUGGCUUCUGGGGGAGUGGGGCAGUAGCACCCGAGGCUGACCUGCCUCCCCUCCUGUCCCUCCACACCUCCCUUCCUUGUGCCAGAGGUGACAGAGGUGCCAGGCCUCAGCUUCACCUACAGCAGCCCACCAUUGCCGAAGGAUCGGUGAAGUGGUUUGAACAGCUCAGGGUGCCAACCCCAGUGGAGAUACCAGAUGUGACCUCUGAGAGAGGACUGGUGUGGGGGAAAACUCAGAGCUCAUGGGACUGGGUUAAAGCACAGUCAUGCUCAGUGGCACACAUGUAGGCAGGCACACGCCUCCACUCUCCACGCUGACUCAGGCCAGACUGGGAUGUGGAUUCCUGAUCCUCCUCUCCCUCUCCCCAUGCCCUCUUCCCUCUACCUUGCUACACUGUGACUUUUAUUGGGAAGGGAAAGAACCACCUGAGGGAGAAUAUGAAAAGAGAUUCUAGGUGAAUCAAGGGGGUGGGGGAGUCCACAUCUGGGCCUAGCCCACAAGGGUCACAAACACUCCAUCCCCAUCCCCACCUCCACCCAAUGGUGGACACAGCGUAUAGGGGAGAAGAGGGGCGGUGUGGAGGGGCUACAGGCCUGUAUGCUUGGCUUCUGCUGUGAGCAGAGACCAUUAAAAUCUUGCUUCCAGUGACACCUUCUCUUCUUGAGGGAGAGAGGGUUGCCGGAAAACACA